AUGGCCGACUUGACUGAACCCAUGACAGCAGAUCCUGCAAAACAUCGUGACCAACUUUUUGAGCGUCUCGAUGCUCUGAGAAGAAAGGAGACCUUUUGCGAUGUGACAGUUGCAGUGAAGGGCAAAGAAUUCAAAGCUUACAAAGUCGUUCUAGCUGCGGCCAGUCCGUUCUUCCUGUCACUUUUGGAAAGCGACAUGAGGGAAAGAAACGGGCAACGGAUCGAAAUCAAGCUUGAAGAGGCCACUGCUUCUGUCAUGGAAGACGUGCUACAAUACAUUUACACUGGAAAUGUUACCAUCACAGAGGAAAGCUGCCACAAGCUGAUUGCAACCGCGGAGUAUCUGCUUCUUCCGGGGUUAAAAGCGUUGGCUAGUGUUUUUUUGAAAGGGAAGUUGACAGUUGAGAACUGUGUUUUCAACUAUUAUUAUGCUGACAAGUAUCAUUGCGAAGACCUGAAACGAGCAUGUCGCACGGAGAUUCAUUCAAAUUUCACUGCUGUGAUGGAAACAGAAGAUUUCCUUAACCUUGAUAUAAAGCAAGUCUUGGAAUGGGUCUCUAGUGAUGACGUAACAAUCAGUAGCGAGGAAGAAGUUUUCGAGGGAAUUGUCAAGUGGGUGUCUUACAACAGGAGUGACAGAGAAAGCUUUUUCCUUGAUUUGUUGCGCCACAUCCGCUUAAGAUCCAUACCACACGACUUUCUACUUAAGAAAUUGGUGAAGGAAGAACUCAUAACAAGAAAUAAUGACUGCUUAAACUAUUUGCUAGGGUCCAUGGAGUCAAUUUUUAUUGCCACAGAUGAAAGUCUUAGCAAAGCACCAAGAAAUUGCUUGAAGGUUCAAGUGGAAGGAAUUUUUUUGUGUGGUGGCAGGAAGGCAUUGUGUUAUCUUCCCCAAGUAAAUAUGUGGUAUCAAAUGGCAAACAUGACUUUUGAACAUGAAAACCAUGCUGUCGUACUCAACCAGCAAAAGGUUUACAUUUUUAGUAAACAAAAUACAGAAAGUCAGUCUCAUGUAUUGGAGUACUAUGUACCUUCGACAAACCUCUGGUGUUCAUUUCAGUCAGGCUUUGCGUAUGAUGAGCAAUUCUGUAGUGUGUCAGCAGUGCGUGGUUAUUCAUUUUUGAAUGCUUUAACCUAUGCUGGACAACGUCCUUACAUGUACACAUAUGACAUUAAUACUAAUAACUGGAAUAUGCUAGAAGAUACGCCUAUAAAUCGAUGGGGAGUCUGUGUCAUAUCACAGGGACACCACAUUUAUAUAAUAGGUGGUACUAAUUCUGGGGAUGAUGUAGCUGCUGGAAAUACUAAAGUGGAAACAUUUAAUCCAAGUAAUGAGAGUGUUGAAGAGGUUGCACCUUUGAAUGAGGCAAGGCAUGAUGCUUUUGGAGCAGCCAUGAAUGACAAGAUAUAUGUUGCAGGUGGAAUUCAGAUGAUAGAACAACGAUGUAGACUUCUCAACACAUGUGAGGUAUAUGACCCAUCAACCAAUGAAUGGCAUCUGAUGGCAGAACUCUGUGUACCACGUCAUUCAGCAAGCAUGGUCUGCUUUAAUGGAGCUUUGUAUGUCAUUGGUGGUGUGAAGUUUACAGGUCGGGAAUUGUCAGUUGAAGUAUUUGAUUCUGAAACAAAUGAAUGGAAGGUGAGGAGCACCAUACCUGUUGGUGGUGAAAGUAGAGAUGAGAGAGAUAAACAAAUACACUACAAAGCUUGUAUUGCAACAAUUCAUAAAGAUGUGUUAGUGGAAGAGAAUCUCAUUGACAAUGUGACAGAGAUAGAAACAUCGUCUGUUGAGUUAAGCCGUAAUGUGUGACUGCAAGGCUAGUCCACAGCAAGUGGAAGAGUUACAUAAGAUUUAAUUCAUUUUGCUCUUAUUCAAACCACCAUAAAUUUGUACUGUGAAAAUUGGCAGACCCUGUAUUUGUUUUAUGCUCUUUCAAUCUCUUUUUUUAAGGGUUGUUUCUCAUGAUUUUGGUAUGAGUUAGCUCGCCUGACCCCUAGAAGCAAAGUUCCCACAUCAACCUUCUGAACACUAGUGUGAAUAUUUUUUAAAAAAUCAAAAUUUGGCCACGCUAUUAUGGGUAAAGUAAGUUCAUUACCAUAUAACCUGAUAAACUUCUUUUAACAAACAAGGUUUUGGAAAAGGAGCAUAGUAUGCAUACUCUUCUGUUUACAAAUUUGGUCUUUCUUCAGACAUUACCUUAAUAGGUUCAUUUUCCUACAAGUGCAUACCAAUGAAAUACAGUAGAAUUUUGAACCCAAGUUUGAAAAAAACAAUAACCUAGGAAAUUUUAUGUUGUUCUUGCUUGUUGUUCAGCUGCUGAGUGAUGUAAUGGAGUUGACAUUUUUAUAACAGAAGAAACUAAACUUAAGCACCCCUUAAAGUUAUGAUGGGUGGCCAUAUUUUUCCAGACAUCAAUAGGCCAUUUGCAAGUUGUCCCAAGCCUCUGUUUCAUAACGAGGCUAAGUGUGAAGCUAUUGAUAUGAAAGUAUUUUUUUAUUCUCAUGCAAAUAAAACUUUUUUUCACAAGCGUUUAAAGUGAGAGUUUUGGAACUCGGAAGUGGCCUAUUGCAGACAUUACAUAAUACUUUGUAAAGAAUAUAUCUGUGUAAAGAAUAGGAGAAACUUUAAACAUUGAAUUUAGGGGUAAUUUUAAAAUCCUUCCUUCCCAAGAGUCUUAAAAUCAAAAAUCAAUAAGAAAAAUUAAUAAUUUUCAGUUUGUUAAAUACUGACUUACAACGGUUGUGAUGGAAGAGGAACUGCUCUGAUUAGCUUUUAUUUGAAUGCUAUACACUUAGGAUUUCAUCACAAAAUUACCAAAUUUAUGAGAACUAACAUUUAGCUUUUAUCCGUGAUUAACUCUAGGGAGGGUGAAAUAGUAUUUGUAUAGGUAAUAGCAUGAUUAGUAGUGAUAUUUGGCAUAAAUACCACGAGUGAUAUUGCAGAAUUGUUAUACGUAAUUUCAUGAGCCGUUAGGUGAGUGAAAUUUGAGACAAUUUGAAAUAUCACAAGUGGUAUUUAUGCCAACUAUCAUACUACCCGCAAAAGGUUGUAAUUUUCACAUGUAGGUAUUUCAAAUUAAGCUGAAAUACCACUGUUCUAAGCCAAUCAAAUUGCAGAAAUUUCUCAUGUGGUAGUAUAAACCACAUAAUAACUUUAUGAUUAAGGAGACAAAUAAAAAAGUAGUGGUUUACACUUUUUACUUGUUUUAUUUUUUUCAAGUCAUUACAGGAUGUGGCUUAAAUUAUGUUAAGCAUAUUUCUUAAAUAGACACCUUCCCUGGGUGAAUUCAGAAUUUUCACAAAGCGGGGGGUGUGAGACUUGCCAGCCCUUAAACUAUACAUGUAGAUACAAUUUACUUUUUGGUAACAGAACUCCGAAAGCAUCUGUAUCCAAAUAAGUAAAAGCUUUAUAGACGACAGAUGUUUUAUACUGGGAAUUCAUUUACAAUUUUUACACAAUCUGAGACAAAAUGGGGGAGAGGGGUUUGGGACCAUCUAAAUCAACCCAUGGUUUCCCCCAGCUUGUGUGGUAAGCGCUCUAAAGGGAGAGGAGAAUUUGAGAGCACCAGAACGCGAAGAAGGCCCUUCACAUUCGUGCAUACCAGUGUAUUCACCUUUCCCAUUUUUUCCCCAAGAGUGACAAACAGCAAUUUUCUCUUAAUAAUAUCUAUACACAAUCAAGAGAAUAGGUUGUGAGAAUUGACUAAAUAAUCAGCUGAGAAAAAAUGCAUUUAUUUUUUUUAUUCUCUUUACUUAUUCUUUUUGGAAAUGUAUAGAGACCAGUUUGGAGAAUUUGUAAGUGGAUUUUGGGGCUUAAAGGAUUAAACGCCUCCCGAGUGGGCUGUACUUUCUCCAGAUAAAUGCGGGAAUGCUAUCUAUUUGGAGUAUAUUGUAAGAAAUCGCGAGCGAGAGGAAUGCGAAGCGAGACGUGCGAGCAGGGGUAGAGGGUAAGGAUAUAAAGCUCUCCUUUUCGUCCACCCUUGUGACUUUACAAACGGGUGCUAACUUUCCUCACUUGCACCAAACAGCUGAAUUGUGGAGGAACCAGAGGGGUGGGAUUAGACAUGUGAAGGCACGCUACGCAGCCACCUCAGUCCACAUUAAAUGUGAUCAAAUUUUGAACACACCAAGCUCACCCCACUCAAUGCUGGCACAAAGUCAGAUAGACUAUCCAUAUCCCCUACUCUUUUUGAAAAAAAUGCACUCUUGCCAAGCCCCAAAAGGAUAAAAAUGUGAGAUUCUGAACCUAUAGCUAAGAAAAGUAGUGAGAAAAGUCGUGAGAUGUGCCAAAUUUCCUAGUGGAAUGACUUUCAGUGGAGAUAAUGGAUAUUGGAAGUCACUGUAUCACUUUAAAGCUGGAGCAGUAACGACUUAGGUGUUGUAAUUUCCAUGUUUUGUUGGCGCCAUCUUGAAACAAGAGAAAGAGGAAGUCUACACAUUUGGUGGCAGCUGCGAGUCGCGAUAGGCUAAAAGAAUGUAAUCAAACGCGGCCGGUAAGCGUUUUCUUUGGGUUGAGCUGGCUAUCUAUUGAUAUCUAACUUAAGAGCGAACGCUACAGCUCCAAAAGUUUGACUUUUCGAGAAAGCAUGAGAAAUCAGUUGCCAACUCGUGAGAGCAUGAGACAGAUCCUUUAAUCCUGAGACUCACAACAAAGUCGUGAGACUAGGCAAGUCUGAAUAUGUCACGGGUUUUUUACGUCCUCUUCCACGGAUGCGCAAGGAUGAAGGAACAAGGCCAACGUCUAUGUCCCCUGCUCUUUUUAAACAAUAUGUCACGGGUUGUUUACGUCCCUGCAAGGAUAAAAGGAACAAGGUCAGAGGCUUAAUGAGGCCGCUGUUGUGUUCAGCUGGAAAUGGGCCUCUUUGAUGAAAUUCUCAAAAAGGGUUUAAGUGUUACUGUCACUGACAAAGUCAAGGUCAUACAUUAUCUCAUCUUGAGUAAUCUGUUAUAUUGAUCAUGUGAUGUAAAUGAAGCUAUAAGAUCCUUCAGAUUACUUCAAUGUAAAAUCAGUUCCCCUGUAGGACAACAUUUAACUAUAACCUCAAAAUAUUCUUUGAACACAUUGCCAUCAACAUAAACUCCCCUCAAUCAAUAGGGUUUUUGUGACUUCUAGUAAUGGUGAUAAUCUACUGAGGUGGCACUGUGAUUAGUCCACCCAAAGAAGGUGUAAACUGUUGAUCAUAUGAUUUCAAAGCGUCUCCUCCCAAUUCUCAGGACAGCUUCCCAGUUCCUCUGCCAAAACUUUGCUCGCUCUAAAUAAUAAUCAAUCCUGCCGGCUACCUUCAAAAGGAGGCUUAUUAAACUAGUAUCCACUGGAAAGAGAGGAGAAGUCGUUAAGUCAUGUUGCCAUGGUAGCAAAGUUUUUGAAUGACAACAAAUCAAAACGACACUUAAAAAGUGGAUUCAACUCUUUCAACUUUAUCGAUCUUAUUUUAAAUUUUUGUGAAAUGUUGGCUAAAUUUGCUGGGUUGAAUGCGAAAGGAUUAUCUCUGAGUUUAGAACAAGAAAAUAUUUGUGUUGUGCUUACCUACUCCAUAAAGCGGGCAAGUGAGGUUGUUCUUUUGCCAAUCUAAACCAGUAUUGCUUGUUUGCUGUUCCCCGUCGCCGUUGCAAAAACUCCCUCUUGUUGUGAUCCAGAAAUUUUGUUACCAUGGUAACGUGACGUCACACUUCUCCUCUUUAUUGGUAUUCCCAAUGAAGAUCCCAGGGGAAUUUGACCCUUUAUCUUCUCAUAGGCCGCAUCUGGGGAUUAUGGCAUGACCCGCUUUGGGAAAACAGGGAAACCAGCUGGUUUACAGAAUUUUGCGUUUUUCAGGCUAGCAAAGACGAAACUGGAGCGGGCGAAGGACGCGAGAGUCGAGACAAACUCGAAGCAACACCCGCCCCGCGUUUUUCUUUGCUCGCCUUAAAAAAAAGCGAAAAAAUAAUCUUGUUCUGCAGGCUAGCGUGGCAAGGCAAGUGUUACCGAAACGGAGAAGUGAAUUCGGGAGCGCGAGAACGUGAAGAAGGUCUCAAGUUCUUGCAUUUUUAUACAUUACCUAGGCCGGUAUAUUAGAAGUCGUCCACUCGUAGGUCAUUCGUACUCCAUCCGACUGUUUCCGACCUUUAUUCCCGACAAACUUUGUUCGGUCCAGGGGCCCGUUUCUCGAAAGUCCCGGUAACUUUACGGGCCCGAAAUCAAAUAUUCAAAUCGAAAUGUAAAGAAUAAAAGCGCGGGUCCUGGCUAGUAAACUACUCCAUUUUGUUUCAUUAACUGACAGUUUUAUCGUGUUAGAUGCAAAACCAUUGAAACCUCGAUCUUUAAUGCAAACGGAGACAGCUUACCGGGCCCGUUAAUUAUCGGGACUUUCGAGAAACGGGCCCCAGUCCCCAAUGUUCCCGGAAUGUGUUCCAAAUCAAAGCCUAUCACUUCCGGCAACAUGGCCGACCUGACUGAACCUAUGACAGCAGAUCCUGCAAAACAUCGUGAAGACCUGCUUGAACGUCUCGAUGCUCUGAGAAGAAAGGAAACCUUUUGCGAUGUGACAGUUGCAGUGAACGGCAAGGAAUUCAAAGCUUACAAAGUCAUUCUAGCUGCAGCCAGUCCGUUCUUCCUUUCGCUUUUGGAAAGCGACAUGAGAGAAAGAAAAGAACAACUGAUCGAAAUCAAGCUUGAAGAGGCGACUGCUUCCGUUAUGGAAGACGUGCUACAAUACAUCUACACUGGAAAUGUUUCCGUGACCGAGGAAAGCUGCCACAAUUUGAUCGCAACAGCGGAUUAUCUUCUUUUACCUGGAUUAAAAACAUUGGCUGUUGAAUUUUUGAAAGAGAAAGUGACAGUUGAAAAUUGUGUCUUCAAUUAUUACUUUGCUAACAAGUAUCAUUGUACGGAGCUGACAGAAAUCUGUUGCAGCGUGAUCAAUUUGAAUUUCAGUGAUGUGCUGAAAACUGAUGAUUUUUUGAACCUUGACAUGAAGCAAGUAAUGGAAUGGGUGUCUAGUGAUGACAUAAAUGUGGAAGCAGAGGAAGAGGUAUUCACGGGAAUUGUAGAGUGGGUGUCUCACAACAGAAGCGAGAGAGAAAGCUGUUUUCCUGAUUUGAUUCGCCAGGUCCGCCUAAGACCUUCAUCACAAGACAUUCUACUAAAGAAACUUGUAAAUGAAGACCUUGUUACUACGAAUAUCGAAUGCAUGAACUUUGUCUUAAGAUCCCUAGUUAACUCAGACAAAAAUCUUUCCAAAGCACCAAGAAAUUGUUUGAAGGUGAAAGUUGAAGGAAUUUUUGUGUGUGGUGGCAGGAAUGCCUUGUGUUACAUCCCCUGUGUAGACGAGUGGUAUCAGAUGGCAAACAUGACCUUUGAGCAUCAAAACCAUGCUGCCAUACAAUACAAGGAUAAAGUAUACAUCUUUAGUAAACAAAAGUGUGUGGAUGGCCACUUACGUGUAGCAGAAUACUAUAUUUCUUCCACAAAUUGGUGGGGCUCAAUUCAAACAAACUUUGAGUACGAUGAACAGUUUUCUACUUUGGCAAUACUGAAUGGUUACUCAUCCUUAUACGCUCUAACCAAUUCUGAACAAGUUCCGGAAAACACCAUAUUCACAUAUGCUCCUGAUAUGAACAAAUGGGAAAUAAAAGGAGACGAGAGCUUUAGAAGUCGAUGGGGAGCUUGUGGAGUGGCACAUGGACAAUACCUUUACAUUAUAGGUGGCACUACCAGAAGUAAUACCACAGCAACUGGAUUAACUAAAGUGGAAAGGUUUGAUCCAGGUUUUGUGAUUUUGGAAGAGGUCACAUCUUUGAAUGAGGCACGGCAUGAUGCAUUUGGAGCAGCCAUGAAUGACAGGAUAUAUGUUGCAGGUGGAAUUCAAAUGAGAGAACAGAGAAGUAUACUGCUGAAUACAUGUGAGGUGUACAAUCCAACAACCAAUGAAUGGCAUCGGAUGGGAAACCUCUGCGUACCACGUCGUUCUGCAAGCAUGGUGUGCUUCAGCGGAGCUAUGUAUGUCAUUGGUGGCUUAAAGAGUACUGCCAAGCAUUAUACAAUGAGAGAGUUGUCAGUUGAAAUGUUUGAUUCUGAAACAAAUGAAUGGAAGGAAAAAACCACCAUACCUGUUGCCAAUGAAAAUGGAGAAGAAAGGAGGAAGCAAAUACACUACAAAGCUUGUAUUGCAUCAGUUCACAAAGAUGUUUUAGAGAAGUGCAUUUAA